UGGAGAGCCGCCGCCGCCGAGCUCCCGCGUCGCCAUGGCUGCCAAGAAGGCCCUGAUUGUGCUGGCCCACGCCGAGCGGACGUCCUUCAACUACGCCAUGAAAGAGGCGGCCGUGGAGGCUCUGCGGAAGGCUGGCUGGAGCGUCGCUGUCUCCGACCUCUAUGCCAUGAAGUUCAACCCGGUCCUUUCUCGGGAGGACGUCACUGGCAAGCCAAAGGACCCCCAGAACUUCAGCUAUCCGGCAGAGACAGCGCUGGCCUGGAAGGAAGGCCGCCUGAGCAGGGACAUUGUGGAGGAGCAGCAGAAGCUGCAGGCCGCGGAUCUCGUCAUCUUCCAGUUCCCCCUCCAGUGGUUUGGCUUACCGGCCAUCUUGAAAGGGUGGUUUGACCGGAUCCUCACGAGCGGCUUUUCGUACUCCUACAGUGCCAUGUAUGACCAGGGGCCCUUCCAGAAAAAGAAGGCUGUGCUGUCCUUCACCACUGGCGGGACAGGCUCCAUGUACACUCCGGAAGGCGUCAACGGAGACAUCAACAUUAUUCUCUGGCCAAUACAGAGUGGCACGCUCCAUUUCUGCGGCUUCCAAGUCUUGGAACCCCAGAUUGCUUUCAGCAUUGGCCACACCCCGGCGGAGGGUCGCUCCCAGAUCCUGGAGGGCUGGAAGAAGAGGCUGGCGACCAUCUGGGAGGAGAGGCCCCUCAGCUUCGCCCCUGCCAGCGACUUUGACCUGAGCUUUGCGGGGGGCUUUUUGCUGAAGAAAGAGGUCAAGGAGCAGCAGGAAGAUCAGAAGUACGGGCUGACGGUCGGUCAGCAUUUGGGGAAGCCGCUUCUGCCCGACAGUCAGGUCAAAGCCCCGCAGAAGAAGUAGCCCCUCCAGGUAGCGGCGUUGUGGGGUGGGGGACCUCUUCUAGAACGGGCAGGCAAUUCAAAAGGUGCAGCACCAGUUCCUUCCUCCCGGAAAUAGUUUGAGCACGCUUCUAGCCCUUCCUUUCUUAGACCCAUCUCCUAAACCUGUGCCUUGUUCGAAUUGCAGCCCACCCGAUUGGAUGAAUGCAGAGGACAGGAACGCAGGGCGAUCUGGACUUGUAAAGGCUUCAGGGUGAAGGGCUCUCACGGCUUUGCUAGUCAUACUCCGAGGGCUUGCACAGGCGGGCCUCUUGUAUCGGAGCGCCCUCCCCUUCCGACGGAGCAGCAGAGAGGCCUCUCUGCUCCCCUCCCUCUGGAGCAAGGUGAAAACCCUCACGCUGGCUUUGUCCGUUUCUCCAAACCAGGGAUGGCCAACAGGUGGCCCUCCAGCUGUUGUUGGAUCACAACCCCCAUCAGCCCUAGCUAGCAGUCAAUGAUGAGGAAUGAUGGGACUUGCAGUCCAACAUCAUCUGAAGGGCCACACACUCCCCCUCCCUGCUCUGAAUCUUUUCUGUUCUGCCUGUCACGUGGCCAGUUCCUGUGGUGUGGAAACCAGUUAAUCUUGGGGUGCUCUGCUCCCUCCCUCCCUGUUCGUUAUUUGGCCAGCCACAGUUCCACGGCUUGGUCUCUUCGUAGAUUUCCUUCAACGAAAGUGGGGAAUUAACUCAAGAACGCUAGCAACUGAAACAUAAGAAGCCUUUCCCCCACAAAUAGUAAUUACGGUUAUUAGGGAGUCUCCUGGUCCAGUGUUUGGAGACGGUGUACUGAAUCAUGCUUUUCUCUCUGUGUUUAAGGUAAAAACAAAAAACACACUCAACAACUUCUAUGCCAAUUGCCAGCGUUCUUGAGUUCAUUUCCCUCACUAUGCCAGUGUGCAACCCAGCUCUGCAAAAGUUCCAGGGGCACAAGAACAUUUGGCGACAAUGGGACAGCUUGCACUUUCCAUGGCCUCGUGGGACCGUUCCCCCAGCCCCGUGUCCUCGAAAUGUAAUGGACUACUAGACCCACUUUCCCCUGCCAGCCUAGCCUUUGGCCACGCUGGGUGGGAAGGGCGGCCGUCGUAACCCGGGACAUUUGGGCGGCGCCAGGCUGGGGGAGCCCGCUUACGGGUUCUCCAGGAGCUGAAACGAGCCAGGUGCCCCUCUUGUGGAGAAAGGGCACCCUCUCCAACGGAGUCUGCACUUUUCUUCCCAUUUCGUAAUUAACCCUCAAUGUUUGGACCAGUUUAGGGCAAGACAAAAACCUCUUUGAAUUUCUCUCAGGAAGUGAUAACGCCCGUGGGCCUUAAGAACAGCUGGGCCCGUCUCCUUUCUACUCAGGGUUGCUGGAAUGUGGUCAUUAGUGCCUUUCUUUUAGGAGUCUGUGCAUGUUUUACAGUAAAUAAAAAGACCUUUCUAUGA